GCCAUCUUCUUUAUAUACGUUAGACGCGUUCUUCCACCUUCACUAGACCGCCUAGACGUUUAAAUAGCCGGCUCUCUGCCGUCAAUGAUCAUCAGUGUUGAGCCAGCAGUGUUCUGAGAAACAUCUUCCGAAACAAGACUUUGCUGUUUCCACUUACCUGUCAACGAAAAGAUAAUAAUUUCAAAUAUCUAGCCAUGAAGGCAGCGGCGAUUCUCGUGUUUUUGGUUGCGGCAGCCACUGCUGUUCCUCAAUAUGGAUUCUUCCCUCAGACCCCACAGGCUCCACCACAGAGUUCUUACGGCGGCAACAACAACGGCCAGGCUGGAGGAAAUCCUCAGCAAAUCGAAGACAUCCAGAGACAAUGGGCUCAAUUCACUGCAAAGAUGCCUUGGCUACAAGGACCUCCUGGACCACCUGGACCACCAGGAACUAGUUCUGCUGCUAGUGGACCUCAACAGCCAGUAGUUGGUCCUCCUGGUCUUCCAGGAGCACCUGGCGCUCCUGGACGCAAAGGAGAAGCUGGCAAUCCUGGUAGUCCCGGAUUUGCUGGUAGACCAGGAAAUCCAGGACCAGCUGGACUUAAUGGAGCGCCUGGCGGACCUGGACCAGCAGGCGAACGUGGAUCGAAUGGAGGCCCUGGCGCUCCGGGCGGGCCCGGUUUCCCUGGAGCUAAGGGAGCGGCUGGAAAUAAUGGAGGACCUGGUCUCAAUGGAGCUCCUGGAGCCCCUGGCAAAGAUGGCUUCAAUGGAUUGCCCGGAUUUCAAGGACCCAAAGGUGAAGCUGGCGCUCCCGGCAUAACUUUGCCUUCAACCGUUCCCGGUCCCGUCGGCGCUCCCGGAGCCCCUGGUAAAGACGGAUGGCCUGGAUCAGUUGGCGCGCCUGGCCCUAUCGGCCCAAUCGGAGGACCUGGCCCAAUCGGACCUGUUGGAAGACCUGGAACGAAUGGAUUCCCUGGAGGACCUGGCCCUAAAGGUGAAGCUGGAAGUCCCGGAUUCAAUGGAUUACCUGGCAAAGACGGACGCAACGGCGCACCAAGCACUCAACCCGGCCCAAUUGGAUCAAUUGGCCCCGUUGGCCCAGCUGGCUUCAACGGCGCCCCAGGAAAAGACGGUCCACCUGGCCCAGCUGGUGGAUUAGGACCUCAAGGUAAACCCGGAGCGCCCGGCUAUCCAGGCGGCCCAGGCCCAGCCGGUGCUCCAGGAGGCCUCGGUCCUCAAGGACCAUCUGGACCUCAAGGAAAACCAGGAUCGCCCGGCUAUCCAGGCCCCGCUGGCCCUGCUGGCCAACCUGGACAAGCUGCCGCCGCUCCAGCGCCAGCCCAGCAGUCUUCCUACCAAGCGCCAGCUCAACAGUCUUCCUAUCAAGCGCCAGCUCAACAGUCUUCCUCCCAGUCGCAAUUCGGCUACGGUCGAUAGAUUUCCUCAAAGUUGAACUAUGAGGUUGAAUGUAGACAUUCAUCGCAUGUGCAUUCCAAUAUGGUAAAACGAUGAAAACGACUCCGUCAGGUCAACAUUAUUGAUUUUCCCCGUUUUUAUUCCGCUUGAUUCGUUGUUUUAUUUGCGACUUGUACUACAAAUAUCAUAGAUUUAUAUAUGUGUCGGAAGAAGGCAAAGAAUAAAAUUUCACAAUUUAUUAAA